AUGGGCUACCUGUACGAAGCAAUUGAUAGGGCAAAGGAGGCUAUUCAAGCCACUUUUAGUGAUCAAAGAAAAUACAAAAGAGUCUUUGAGAUCAUAGAUAAAAGGUGGGAUAGUAAGCUUCAUAGCCCUUUGCAUGCAGCUGGACUUGUUUUGAACCCGGAACUGUUUUAUGACAAUGAAAAGAGGAUUCUAGGAGAUGAACCUUUGUGGAAUGGAUACUACGAAUGUAUUGAGAAGUUGAUACCUGAAGAAUCCGUGCAAGAUAAAAUAACAGAGCAAUUUAGUAUUUAUAGGAAUGCUGAGCAACUUUUUGGAAAAAACAUGGCGAUUAGACAAAGAAAGACGAAGUCACCAGUUGAAUGGUGGAAGCAAUAUGGUCAUUCCACUCCAAAUUUACAAAAGUUUGCCAUCAAGAUUCAUACCAAAAAGAGGAACAAACUAACCUUGAAGUGUCUCAAUGAUCUAGUCUUCAUUAAGUACAAUAGAACAUUGAGGCGUCGUUACAACGCUCGCAAUGUAAUUGAUCCAAUUAGUUUGGACAACAUCGAUGAUGCUAAUGAAUGGCUAACUGGAGUCCCGGAAGAUCAUGCAGAUGAAGAAGUAUUUGAUGAUACUUCUGAUAUCACUUGGGGUGAUGUUGCGGAGGCGCGUGAAAUUGGGGAGAGGAUUUAUGGUUUGAGGGGGAGUACCUCAACUUCAAGUUCACAGAGGAAGGGAAAACAGGCAGCUACUUUGUCCCUAGUUGAUGAAGAAGAUGAAGUUGAAGAAGAUGAUGAGCAAUAUAAUAAUGAUAGUGGAAUACAAGAAUUUGACAAUCUUGUAAAAGAAUAG